CGUGCCCAGAUUUAGCACAGACAGUUUUUGGCUUGAUCACAAAUUUUUGAAAAAAGACCUGGCAUCCCUGCCAAUAGAUGUCAAGUCAACUCUGCUAAGAAAUAAAAAUUAUCCAACAUCAACAAUCAUUGCGGGGCUUUUAUGCUGAAAACGUUAUUGUUAAUUUUAAUAAAAUUGUACGAAGGAAAAUGGAGUUUUGCAAUACAAGCGAUUUGAUAAUAAAGAACGAAGAAACACUAAACAGCCCAGAAUUAUCUUUUUCUCCACCCAGCGAUUUCCCAAAUCAACACGAAAGUAAACUUUGCGACGAGGGAAUCACGCAAAAUUGUGAUCCUCACAAACACGUCUCAGUACAUGAAGACGAGCAGUUUUUUCGUUGCGAUAUAUGUGGAAAAAAAUGUUCAUACAAGAGCACCCUAAUCAAGCACAUGAUCGUUCAUACUGUUGACAGUCCAUACAAAUGUGACGUAUGCGGGAAAGAGUUUAGAUCUACGCAACGAUUGAUGGAUCACAAAAACAUUCACACUGGUGAGCGACCGUACAAGUGCAUUGAAUGCGGAAAAGCUUUUUCGUCUAAAACAAUGCUUGCCCAACACAUGCACCGUCACACAGGCGAGCGACCGUACAAAUGUUCCGUAUGUGGAAAAGAUUUCGCGUCUAAAACAGUUUAUACUAAACAUUUGCCUCUUCACACUGGCGAACGACCGUACCUAUGCACUGUAUGCGGAAAAGCGUUUGCCGUUAAGGCUUACCUGUCCAAUCAUAUGUCAAUUCACGAAACUGAUUACAGAUUUAGGUGUGAUGUGUGUGACAAAGGUUUUAAUUAUGCUACAAGCCUUAGAAGACACAAACGUAUUCAUACUGACGACAAGUAUAAAUGCACAUUAUGCGAAGAAGAUUUUGCCACCAAGUACUACCUAAGUAGACAUAUGCUCAGUCACACGGGUCGUCACGAGCAUCAGUGUGAUGUUUGCGGCAAAGGAUUUUUGUCCAGAUCACGUUUGAAAGACCACGAACAUAGCCAUACUGGCGAAAAGCCUUACAAAUGCUAUGUAUGCGGGAGAGAAUUUCAUGGUAAACUAAAUCUUUCCCGACACAUGCCGCUUCACACAAGCGAGCGACCUUACAAAUGCACUGUAUGCGAGAAAGAUUUCACCACCAAGUGUUACCUGAGCAGACACAUGAAAACUCACACGGAUAACUAUAAGCAUGAGUGUGUGGUGUGCGGCAAAGGAUUCAUGACCAUAUCCCUCCUGAAAGACCAUGAAAACCGUCAUACAGGAGAGCGACCGUACAAAUGCGCUGUAUGUGGAAAAGAUUUCGCGAUCAAGUCUUACCUAUCGAGACACAUGUUUUCGCACGAAAGUCAUUACAAGUACAAGUGUGAAGUAUGUGGCAAAAGCUUCAAUGGGAGGUCAAGCUUCGCGACACACAAACGCCUUCAUGCGGGUAAGAUGUAUAAAUGCACCAUAUGCGAAAAAGGCUUCACUGCAAAAAGUUAUCUAAGAGUCCACAUGUAUGUUCACACGGGUAAUUACAAGCAUAAGUGUAACGUGUGUGGCAAAGGAUUCCCGAAAAGGCUACUUUUGAAAGACCACCAGCACACUCAUACAGAUCAGCGACCGUUCAAAUGCAGUGUAUGCGAAAAAGAUUUUUGGGGCGAAACAAAUCUUGCUAAACACAUGCACAUUCACACGACCAAACAAUUCAAAUGCACUAUAUGCGAGAAAGAUUUUUCCGUCAAGUCCUACCUAACCAAACAUAUGUCUAUUCAUAAAAAGAAUUACAAAUGCAAUGUAUGUGAGCAAGAAUUCACAAACAGAUCUCUCUUGAAAGAUCACGGACUCAGUCAUAGAGAUGAACGACACCACAAAUGCUCUGAAUGCGGAAAAGUUUUCAGCACUAAACCUUACCUAUACAAGCACAUGAAAACUCAUCGACUUGAACUGCCGCACAAAUGCACUAUGUGUGAUAAAAAAUUUAGAACCAAACGUGGUCUAGCAAGUCACUUGCUUAAUCAUACGGGCGAGAAUAGAUAUAAGUGUGACGUGUGUGACAAACACUUCUAUGAGCGUUGGGCCCUCAAGAAUCACGAACGUAUUCAUACAAAAGAGCGACUCUUUGAAUGCAGUGUAUGCGACAAAAAAUUAUCGACAAAAUAUAAUUUGAAAAUACAUCUUCGCAGUCAUACAACUGAGCAGACACUCGAUGAUACUGUGUGAGGCAAGGUUUGUUUGCAACACUAAACUUCUAAUACAGCGUACCGUACAAUGGUACUGAUGAUCGCACAGGGCAGAUAUAUUUAUUUUACUUAGUACCAAUAAUAAAAAGGAAAAUAUAAUAUUCCAUGAAAACUACGUG